AUGCCAGGGCAAGUCUGUCAUCCUAUCCACUUGUUGUUUUCUGUUUGCAUACUCAAACUUCACCUCAAGUCAGCACCAGCGAGCAUCUUCUCUGCGCAUAAUCUCUACUCAAAAGACGCCCUCAACGAAGAGCUCAUUCCUACAACAACUUCUCGCGCAGUCUUACACAAACACACACACAAACAGCAGUCCACACAACAACAUCUCGAGAUGGCGCCAGCUGAAGAUCGCAUGGCCCGCUUCAAGGCCCUUCAGGCGCGAGCUAAAACUUCCUCCGAAACAAACCUCAAAGAAGUCACAAAGGAAUCCCAGAGACUGGGCACCGAUCAGGGCCAACUCACAGCCCUGCAGCGCAAGCAUGACAUCGCAGCGCACAAACUUCUCAAGGCGGAGAUCGAAGAAUCCGGCAAAGACUUUGAGCGCAAGCGGGCUUGGGACUGGACGGUUGACGAGAGCGAGAAGUGGGACAGGCGAAUGAAGAAGAAGGCUGCACAUCGCGACAACAACGCCUUUAGCGAUCCCCAACAAGAAAGCAACAAGAUUUACAAGCGUCAGCUUAAGAACAUCACUCCCGACAUGGAGCAAUACGAAAAGCAGAAAAUGGCAGCAAUUGAAAAGGCAGCCGCUUCAGGAGGCUUGGACAUUGUCGAGACCGAAGAUGGCGAGCUCAUCGCUGUCGACAAAGACGGCUCAUUAUAUUCCACAGCCGAUACGACCACCUUGACACAGAGCAAGCCUGACAAGGCCGCGGUGGACCGCCUGGUUGCAGAUCUGCGACGGGCCGAAGAGCAGAGACUCAAGAAGAGAAAGGAGCGCAUGGCCAAGAAUGGCGACGACGGAGAUGUCACAUACAUCAACGAGAAGAACAAGCAGUUCAAUCAGAAGCUGGCAAGGUUCUACGACAAGUACACUGCCGAUAUCCGGGACAGCUUCGAGAGAGGCACCAUGAUUUGA